GGUGCCACUAUGUUGAUGUUGUAAAAUUGGAUCUGCAGUCUGCAUGCAGUAUUUUAUUUUAUUUUGUUUCUGACUUCCUGUCAGUGGACAACAGAAAAGUUUAUUGAUAAAAAAAAACUGAUGUGUUUCUGCUAAUAAUCCCUUAUCCAUCCAAAUGUAACUGUAAUCUGAUUACUCUCUUCUUCUGUCACUGUAACAGACUACAGUUACCUUUUGUAAGCAAAAGUAUCCUGAUUAUGUAACUCAGUUACAUGUAAUCCAUUACUCCCCAAGCCUGUAAAUCAGGGUUCAAACUUGUUUAUUCCAGAGUUCCUGGGAAAAAUAGAUAUAAAUAAUCCACAAACAACAACAAUCACACAGCAAACAUUAAAAAAGGAGCUUUGUGAAUAUCUGUUUGAACACAGAUCGGCUGUUGUUCUUCACUCACAUGUUUAUCAUCAUUAAAGUAUUUUGUCAUUAAUGAGCUUCCGUAGCUUGGGAGCACUUCCCACGGAGACGCCCACAGAGCGAACAAACAUUAACUCUGCACCAGCAGUCAGUCUCUCUCCCUCUCUCAGUCAUGUUGUCCUUGGCCGCCCUCUCGCUCCGUCUCGGGGUCUCCGGUUUCCAAGGAAGCAGUCGCUCCAUAGCAACCAUCGUCUCCGGCAUCAAGACGUCCAAGUUGGUGAGGGAAAGGCUGAGGAUGGAGGUGGAGAAGAUGAAGAGUCACUUCUCAGGGUUCAGACCAGGUCUGGUUGUCUUACAGGUGGGAGACAGAGACGACUCCAACCUGUACAUCAGCUCCAAACUGAAGGCGGCAGCAGAGAUUGGAAUCGAUGCCAAACACGUGCGGCUGCCAAACACAGUGACGCAGGACGAGGUCCUGCAGAGCAUCAUGUCCGUCAACGAGAACCCGUCGGUCCACGGUCUCAUCGUCCAGCUGCCUCUGGACUCCGUCAACCCCAUCGACACUGAACUCGUCACCAACGCCGUCUCUCCGCAGAAAGACGUGGACGGUCUGAGCUGUAUUAAUGCAGGGAAGUUGUCUCGAGGAGAUCUGAAUGAUUGUUUCAUCCCCUGCACCCCCAACGGCUGCAUGGAGCUAAUCAGACAGACAGGCGUGUCUGUGGGGGGGAAACACGCGGUGGUGAUUGGUCGCAGUAAGAUUGUUGGAGCACCGAUGCACGACCUGCUGCUGUGGAACCACGCUACUGUGACCACCUGUCACUCAAAGACACCUGACCUACCUGAGCAGGUGGGCCGGGCUGAUAUCCUGGUGGUAGGGGCAGGGAGAGCGGAGAUGGUGAAAGGACAGUGGGUGAAGGCAGGAGCAGUGGUCAUCGACUGUGGAAUCAACCACAUACCAGAUGAGACGAAGGCGAGUGGUAAACGGGUCGUCGGAGACGUCCACUACACGUCAGCCAAUCAGAGAGCAGGAUUCAUCACACCUGUUCCAGGGGGGGUGGGGCCAAUGACGGUGGCGAUGCUCAUGGAGAACACGGUACAGAGCGCUCAGCGGUUCCUCCUGAAGAACCAGCCCAGGAAGUGAACGUGCAGGAAAUACUGGAAGAGAUCAAUACAGUGUCAUUUUAUCUUCAGUCUGAUCCAAACCCACCAAGAGAACAAACAUUCAACGUUCACAGAAAAAGAAACAACAAGAGGAUUAUAGUCAACAUGUUACCUGUCAGUCUGAGCUCAGGGUUAAAUCUCUGUCUAAUGAUGUCUGUCAGUCUGAGCUCAGGGUUAACUCUCUGUCUAAUGCUGCCUGUCAGUCUGAGCUCAGGGUUCACUCUCUGUCUAAUGCUGCCUGUCAGUCUGAGCUCAGGGUUCACUCUCUGACUAAUGCUGCCUGUCAGUCUGAGCUCAGGGUUCACUCUCUGUCUAAUGCUGCCUGUCAGUCUGAGCUCAGGGUUCACUCUUUGUCUAAUUCUGCCUGUCAGUCUGAGCUCAGGGUUCACUCUCUGUCUAAUGCUGCCUGUCAGUCUGAGCUCAGGGUUCACUCUCUGUCUAAUGCUGCCUGUCAGUCUGAGCUCAGGGUUCACUCUCUGUCUAAUGCUGCCUGUCAGUCUGAGCUCAGGGUUCACUCUCUGUCUAAUGCUGCCUGUCAGUCUGAGCUCAGGGUUCACUCUCUGUCUAAUGCUGCCUGUCAGUCUGAGCUCAGGGUUCACUCUCUGUCUAAUGCUGCCUGUCAGUCUGAGCUCAGGGUUCACUCUCUGUCUAAUGCUGCCUGUCAGUCUGAGCUCAGGGUUCACUCUCUGUCUAAUGCUGCCUGUCAGUCUGAGCUCAGGGUUCACUCUCUGUCUAAUGCUGCCUGUCAGUCUGAGCUCAGGGUUCACUCUCUGUCUAAUGCUGCCUGUCAGUCUGAGCUCAGGGUUCAUUCUCUGUCUAAUGAUGCCUGUCAGUCUGAGCUCAGGGUUCAUUCUCUGUCUAAUGAUGCCUGUCAGUCUGAGCUCAGGGUUCACUCUUUGUCUAAUGAUGCCUGUCAGUCUGAGCUCAGGGUUCAUUCUGUUCAAUCUUUGACCUUUAAACUGGACUGAAGCUGUUUGUUCAGGGGUCAGAGGUUGUUGCCGUGGAAACAGAGAUGUAGUAGCUGUUUCCUGCUGGGGGUUGAAGUCAACAUGAAGAAACCAAAUAUCUGAUCAAUGUAUUGAUUAUUGACAAAAACCUGUUUAAUGAGUUUUAAUUUGUUGCACAAAUCAUUGAUACAGUAUAAAUAAUAACAAUAAUAAUGUAAACAAUAACAAUUAUAAUGUAAAUAAUAAUAAUAUAAUUUAACUUUAAGAUUUCUCUUCGUCUGUCUGUUCUUCUCCAACAUGUAAAUCAAUAAAGUUUCAUUACAUCUGAA